GAUAUGUGGAUGUGACAAAACGAUAAGAAAGAGAAUUAUGGCGGGAUGUUAGUCCUCAUCGGCGCCUGAUAGUUUCCUUCUUCAACCGAAGGAAUCUUAGCAGAGCCAAAGACAACAACAAUGGCGGGCUGUUUAGCCACUGCCACUCCUACACCCACUUCCACUUCUCCAUCCAACUCUCGCCCUCUUCUUCAUUUCAGUUUCACCAGACAAAUUCUUACACCACACAUUUCCUCCGCCGCCCCAAUCCUCCGGCGACGACACCCCUUUCACUUAGGUUUCACAAGGUACGGUGAGAAUGCCCGGUUUCGUUUCGAUUAUGUUGCAAUUCCAGUGGCGAAUUGCACCAGAAGUGGCGCAGAUACGGAAUUGGAUUUGACAGAGUCCAUCGAUUGCGUCGGGACUGCCCAGGAUGUGGAGUGUGUGAUUUCCUCGACUGGUGAAGAUCCUCCAUCUUCAGUUGAAUCAGGGGUUUCUUCCGAGUUUGAUGGUGAUGGUUCUGUGGCAGUCUUGGAGAAAGCCUGGGAGUUCGCGGUGUUGGUUUCGCCGUUUUUCUUUUGGGGUACGGCUAUGGUGGCCAUGAAGGAGGUGCUUCCAAGGUCUGGUCCUUUUUUCGUUUCCGCCUUUCGCCUUAUACCUGCCGGUUUCCUCUUGAUUGCUUUUGCUGCUUUCCGUGGCCGCCCCUUUCCUUCUGGUUUUUCUGCUUGGAUUUCCAUCAUUCUCUUUGCUCUAGUCGACGCUACAUUCUUUCAGGGAUUUCUUGCUCAAGGCUUGCAGAGGACAUCCGCAGGGUUGGGCAGUGUAAUAAUCGAUUCUCAACCAUUAACCGUGGCAGUGCUUGCAGCUUUCUUAUUUGGUGAGUCCAUCGGUUUAGUUGGAGCCGCUGGACUAGUACUUGGUGUUUUAGGACUUUUACUUCUUGAGGUUCCUUCACUUACUUUUGAUGCAAAUAGCUUUUCACUGUGGGGAAGUGGAGAGUGGUGGAUGUUUCUAGCUGCACAGAGCAUGGCAGUAGGUACUGUCAUGGUCCGCUGGGUUUCCAAGUAUUCUGAUCCCAUUAUGGCAACUGGAUGGCACAUGGUGAUUGGUGGUCUCCCGCUUUUGAUGAUCUGUAUUCUUAAUCAUGAUCCUGCAGUCAGUGGGAGUCUUAAAGAUUUUACAACAAAUGAUAUACUAGCACUUCUUUAUGCAUCCAUUUUUGGAAGUGCUGUUAGCUAUGGUUCAUUCUUCUAUAGUGCAACAAAAGGUAGUUUGACAAAGCUUAGCUCUCUCACCUUUCUCACUCCAAUGUUUGCUUCAGCUUUUGGGUUUCUAUAUUUGGGAGAGACCUUUUCACCUAUUCAACUGGUUGGAGCCGUUGUUACUGUGGUUGCUAUAUACGUGGUCAACUAUGGCAAUACUUUGGAAUGAGAGCACAAUAUCUGUUCACGCUUUCAACAUUCAAAACAAAGGUUACCGUUUGUUUUCGGACAUGGCCCAGUUUUACAUAAUACUAAACUGAUAUUGUACAUAUCCAGCUGAUCAAUCUUGUGCGUAGCCAACACACUUGAGCGAUGAUGUAUGAUAAUGGACAUCUUAUGGGGGAAGAAAAAAACCAAUUGGAAGCUGCCUGUCAGGAUGUCCCACAAGACAACUCGUCUUGUUAGUUUUGAUUUGAACUCGGGCAAAGAUCAUUUGUAUUUGUAGCAUUUGUAAUUAUAGUACAUUAAAUGUAUUCAAAUUAUGUAAUUAUGACAUUUGUAAUAUAAUUUUAUAGGUA